ACAGUUGACCAACAGCCAAUCAUAUGCACAGACGCGCCAGGAGAUCGUGGGGCCAUUUGCUGGUCACUCAGAAUUGUGCUGGUGCAUUGGGGCGACUACGCCUCAAAAACUCUCUCAGGACUGUCUGGAUUGGCUAUCUGCAUGGGUCAGACCGAUGUUCCUGAGAGGAGCCAUCAAUUAGGACUCAUGGCCAAGAUAUACAAUCAAGCUGAGCGGGUGUUCAUUCUUCUUGGGGAGAGCGCAGAUAAGAGCGGCUCGGCAAUCGAGUGGCUCCAUCAGAUAGAUGAUCCUGAUUUCCGCUACGAGCUCCCUUACAAACAUUCAGAAGAACGGAUCAUACGACCAGAAACCCAGAUGCUGGAAUCACUCUUCAGCCGACCAUGGUUCAAUCGCAUAUGGGUCCUGCAAGAGGGCAAUUCUUUCAAAGACCGCCAUCGUAUACUACGGCGAAAAGUCCAUUGCUUGGGAUGCCUUCAAAAACUUCAAAGAAUUCAACGUUUUCGCGAAGUGGGUUGAGCAUUUGCCACAAGUCGUGGGCGUCGUCAGAUUACUACAGCCGACAAUUUCGCAGUCGAAUACCAAAUGUUGAUGGAACUACUCCAAGCUCGACAUUGCGGAUCCUCAUGACAAAAUUUAUGCCCUCCUCCCACUGCUUUAGCAUGCCGAUGUUGCGACAUACUUGAUAAAACAGCAUCGGCCUCGAAC